AACUAACACACUGUAGCAGCCAAAAGCCAUAAACCCUCUCGAAUCUUACGAUCUGUUCCAAACACAUAAACCCUUUCCUCAGUUCUCAUUUCUCAGUACUCAAUUAAGAAAAGAAAAAGGAAAACAAAAUAACGAAAAAUCACAGAUCUUAUCUCCGAAUCCCAAACUCAUCGCUAUGAGAAGGAUUACCUCCUCCGUACUCCUCCGGACCUUAUCCGCCGCUCGAGGCGAAGCCGUCUCCUUCUCCGUCCCCAACCGUUUCCUCCAGGUAGCUCUCUAUGGCAGCAGUGCCGGCGGCGCCAGAGCUCACCGCCGCUGGUGGUUCACCUACGGACCUUUCGCCGGGGCAUCGCUCGGCGUCGCCGGGGCUCUGGCGACGGCGGUGGCCACCACCUCGGCUUAUCAGGAAGUCUUUGCCAAGGAGCCGCCGCCGCCUGAGGCUCUCCCGAACGACGUCGUUCUCUACCAAUACGAGGCUUGCCCUUUCUGCAAUAAAGUCAAAGCAUAUUUGGAUUACUAUGAUAUACCUUACAAAGUUGUGGAGGUCAACCCGCUCAGUAAGAAAGAAAUUAAAUGGUCUGAGUAUAAGAAGGUGCCAAUAUUGAUGGUAGAUGGUGAGCAGCUAAAUGACUCUUCAGCUAUAAUUGACAUGCUGGGAGAGAAGAUUAUGUCAAAGAAAAAGGCAGGUGAGGAUGACGAAGAGACAAAAUGGAGGCGGUGGGUUGAUAAUCAUUUAGUACAUGUUCUGUCACCAAACAUAUACCGAAAUACUUCUGAAGCACUCGAGUCCUUUGACUACAUCACGAGCAAUGGAAAUUUCAGCUUUACAGAGAAAAUUACUGUUAAGUAUGCUGGAGCUGCAGCUAUGUAUUUUGUGUCCAAGAAUCUGAAGAAGAAAUAUAACAUCACUGAUGAACGUGCUGCUCUUUACGAGGCAGCAGAAACAUGGGUAGAUGCUCUGAAUGGCCGGGAAUUUCUCGGAGGGUCUAAGCCUAACUUAGCUGACCUGGCAGUGUUCGGGGUUUUAAGACCCAUUCGGUAUCUGAGGUCGGGAAAGGAUAUGGUGGAACACACGCGGAUUGGUGACUGGUACUCGAGAAUGGAGAGUGUUGUGGGAGAGUCUGCCAGGGUUAACGCCUAAACUAGGUUCGUAAUCUCGGAUUCAAAUACUUAAUUUUCCUUGCUUCUAUUACUACCGUCUUGGUUUUACCUCAACUUGUUUGAAGUGAAGACAUUUGGGUUUCUCAGUGAACAUUUUUUGGCUCGUCAGGAAGAUACUGCAAUGUGGUGAUAGUUAAAAACUAAAAAGAAUGUAAAGCAAAUUUUUUGCUGGAGUAUUGAUUCUUUAGAAAACUGAUUCAUAAUUUCAUCUGUUAUAGUUGCUAUUAUUGUAAAGAUCUAGCUGUAUCAGGGAAUAAGGCAAUUAUCUGUUGUACCCGAGAUUGAAACUUCGGUACUGAUCAUAAUACGCAAAGGGACAUCAAGUAAAUAUUUAGUUUGAUGUUAGUCAA